AUGGGUGGGUGUUUUUUAAUUGCAAUUUUGGCAGUUUUGUCUGGUUUAUUUAUAUUGAGUGAUGGGCAUUCGAAUCGUCCGAAUAUCGUCGUUAUUGUAGCUGAUGAUAUGGGUUGGGAUGACGUAAGCUUUCACGGGUCGCAGCAAGUGCUAACCCCGAACAUAGACAUGUUGGCAUACACUGGGGUGGCGAUGGAGAGGUACUACAGCCAUUGCGUCUGCACUCCAUCCCGGUCUGCCUUGAUGACUGGCAAAUUUGCCUAUGUCACAGGAAUGCAGGGCUACCCUCUGACAAAUGGGGAAGAUAGAGGGUUGUCCUUGAACCACAAAAUAAUGCCGCAAUAUUUUAAAGAUUUGGGUUAUGCUACCCAUCUUGUCGGAAAAUGGCAUCUCGGCAGUUCGCGUCAACACUUUUUGCCAACACUUCGCGGUUUCGACAGCCAUUUUGGUCACAGAGGCGGUUUCAUAGACUACUAUGAAUAUUUAUUAUUGGAAAAUUGGAACGUAGGAGAUGUAGCUGGUUUCGAUUUGUAUAGAAAUAUGACACCAGAUUGGGACGCCAGGGGUUACGUAACUGACCUAUACAACGAGGAAGCGAAGUCAAUUAUCAAGUGGCAUGAUACGGCACAGCCUUUAUUCUUGAUGGUAACUCACAAUGCUCCCCACGGUGCUAAUGAAGCAGCCCGCUUACAAGCUCCACCAGAAACGGUUCGGAGUAUGCGGUAUCUGAUGUCUCCGAAACGAAGAAUAUACUCGGCUAUGGUCAAGAAACUUGAUGACAGCGUUGGCGACAUUGUAAAGUCAUUACACGAGAAAGGUAUACUUGACAACACGAUUCUUGUGUUUGUUUCGGACAACGGCGGUAUAACAUCAGGGAGGUCCAUUAAUUAUGCCUCCAAUUAUCCUUUGCGAGGUCUGAAGUUCACUCCGUUCGAAGGUGGAAUUAGAGUGAAUGGAUUGGUUUGGAGCAAGAACCUAACAAGAGCAAAUCAUCUUUGGAAAGGCUAUAUGCACGUGGUUGAUUGGAUGCCUACACUCCUUACAGCAGCUGGUGCUGAACUACCGGCAGAUAUAGACGGCAUAGACAUGUGGGAGAGCUUUACAACAAAUGCUCCAUCUAAGCGAAACGUAAUUUUCGAAAUUGAUGAUUAUUCCGGCUUUGCUGCUGUUAUUGAAGGUGAUUUUAAAUUAGUCACCGGCAACGUUACAAGGAGUGCCAGCAAUCACCAGGGAAAAGACUUAAGAGGUUUCACAAAAGACCCACCACUUUAUAAAAAAGCUCUCAAGGAUAGUAAAGUUUACUCAGUAAUUCAGGAAAUGAAUAUUCCUUUAACUUCGAAUGAUAUUAAUCUAAGAGGAAAUAUCAAAGUCGAAUGUGAUAUAACAAACGAUAAUAAUAUUUGCUAUCCAAACAAUGAUAAAGUAUGCCUGUUUAACAUAAAGAAAGACCCUUGUGAAAUGCAAGAUAUAUCAAGCGAAAAUCCUGAACUCGCUGAGAAGCUGCGCAAACUUUUGAAAGACGAAAUGAAGCGGAUGAUACCGAGGACUGUGCCGCUUUUUAGAGAUCCUAGAGCAAUGCCGAAUGCAAAUAAUAAUUACACAUGGAAUAUUUGGGCCGACAAUAUUGCGUCAUAG